GAGGCCUGGGCCCCGGGCUAAUUGGGAGCAGGUGCGGGUCUGGCCUGGCUGACUGCUGAGUCUGGGCUGUGAUGUUGGUUGGGCAGGACUGGGGUCUCAAGGAUGGGCCUGGGGUCGUGGUCUGGGCACUAGAUUCCUGGAGAAGUGCUGAGCAGAGGGUGGGCAUCUGUGUGGCAGGGAGCGCAGGGCCAGGGAUUAGAAAUGCCCGUGGAGCGUGGGCGGGCAGUGUAGGGUCUGCUGUCAGGAUCAGCUCUGGAGCUCUGGAGCCCCUCCGGUGCCGAACGCCCAGUGGGCUCUCAGGGACAGGUCACCGCCCCCGAGGCCCACUCUCCGUGACCCUCCGUCUGCCUGGCCUCUGUUCCGGGCCCCCCUUGUCCAGGCUGAAUUCCAGGAGCAGAAGUGGCCCUGCGGCCCUGGGGUGUUGGCCUGGGGAGCAGCUCGCCCCUCCUCUUUCUCCAGCUGUCCCCGGACACCGGCGCGGCCCGCUCACUGAGAGCCAUGAGAGCUGCCUCCCUCUUCCUGCUCAUCCUGCCUGGCCUGCUGGCUCAGGGCCAGUAUGAUCUGGACCCACUGCCUCCGUACCCAGACCACGUGCAGUACACCCACUACAGCGACCAGAUCGACAAUCCGGACUACUAUGAUUAUCCAGAGAUGACACCUCGGCCACCCGAGGAGCAGUUCCAGUUCCAGUCCCAGCAGCAAGUCCAGCAGGAAGUCAUCCCAGCCCCCACCUUAGAACUGGGGACCGUGGAGACGGAGCCCACGGAGCCAGGGCCUCUAGACUGCCGCGAGGAGCAGUACCCGUGUACCCGCCUCUACUCCAUACACAAGCCGUGCAAGCAGUGUCUGAAUGAGGUCUGCUUCUACAGCCUCCGCCGCGUGUAUGUCGUCAACAAGGAGAUCUGCGUUCGGACAGUCUGCGCCCACGAGGAGCUCCUGCGGGCUGACCUGUGCCGUGACAAGUUCUCCAAGUGCGGCGUGCUGGCCAGCAGCGGCCUGUGCCAGUCUGUGGCGGCCGCCUGUGCCCGGAGCUGCGGGGGCUGCUAG